UGAACGUAGCGUAACAUGAACGCGCGAGUGUGAUUGGAUCUUGAAGGGUAUUAAGCAGGUGUAGUUUAAGGUCAUGAACCUUGUCCAUGUUUAAUACCAGUGAAAGGUCAAACAAAAUAAAAUACUCAAGAUUCUAUUAGUUUUCGCAAAGUCAAUUACAUCCAUGCAUAUCUAUGUGCCUUUAUAGUGCUUGGUCGCCAAAUAUAAAUAAAUAAUAAACCCAUACCAGCAACUAUGGAACAAACCAUCAAAACAGAGAUAAUCAGUGACAAGAAUAGGAACAACACAAGUUCUCUCUGUUUGGCUAUAGAACUGUGUGUCGUGUGCGGGGAUAGGGCUUCUGGUAGGCACUAUGGGGCUAUUAGUUGUGAGGGAUGCAAGGGCUUCUUUAAGAGAUCCAUACGAAAGCAGCUGGGCUACCAGUGCCGGGGAUCUAAGAACUGUGAAGUUACCAAGCACCACCGAAACAGGUGCCAGUACUGCAGGUUGCAGAAAUGUCUUGCCUGCGGAAUGAGAAGUGAUUCUGUCCAACACGAGCGGAAGCCAAUCAUUGAUAAAAAGGAGUACAUAAAUAACACAAACUCCAACUUCAAUCCUGGCCUAAACAGGAUAUUCCUGCGCAAGGAUCUCACUUCAGAGCAGACAAAUAUUUUGCCUCAAGCUCCAAUGAGUACCUGUGAUAUACCAUUAGGACCAUUUUUCAACAAGAGAAUGGGUAAUCCAAGUUUCUCAGAUAUUCCCUAUCACAUGUCUCCUAGUCAAGCUAGUAUUGAAGAUGAAGGUUCAAUGGAUAGUAAUAAUACUGGAGCAGGCGAGUUGACAGAUGCUUUGACUGUGGCGAGGGACAAGCAGUUAAUCUCCAAAGCAUUGGAUACAAUGGCUAGAGUACAAUGCCUGAAUGGGACUGACCUAACUAAUGUACAAUGCGAAGAAUCCUAUGUGGAUAUAGAAGGACCCCUACUGCAGGAACAGCAUAUAGCUUUUAAUUUGCAGACCCCUGGUGCCGUACCGCCAUAUCUGAACAUUCAUUAUAUCUGUGAAAGUGGCUCAAGGCUUUUAUUUGCAGCAAUCCAUUGGGCUAGAAAUAUUCCUCUAUUUCAAUCAUUUAGUCAUGAAACACAGAUCAUUUUGUUGAAAAGCUCUUGGCCUGACCUUUUUGCACUCAGCCUCUCACAGUGCUCCAAUUUGUUGUCUUUAUCCACCAUAUUGGCUGCACUAAUUAGCCAUUUACAUGCGUCAAUAGCACAAGACAAAAUGCCAGCAACCAAAGUAAAGCAAGUGACUGAUCACAUCGUCAAAUUGCAAGACUAUGUGAACGCAAUGAACAGAUUGCACGUUAAUGACCACGAAUAUGCCUAUUUGAAAGCGAUCGCUCUUUUCUCCUCAGAACAGCCUAACGUUAAUCUUACAAAGCAAUUGGAGAGACUUCAGGAAAAGUCCUUUCAAUCGUUGCGAAAUUACGUAAAUGUUAACAGUCCUGAUGACGUAGACAGAUUUCCGAAGUUGUUGUUACGUCUACCACCGUUGCGUGCCUUGGAUCCUCAGAUCAUAGAGGAGCUAUUUUUUGCCGGCUUAAUUGGCCAAGUACAAAUCGAUAGUGUUAUUCCCUACAUACUUCAGAUGGGCGGGAAUGGAAACAGUUUUCCGCGACAAGUAAAGUCUGAAAAUGUCGAAGACUUUUUGUGCAAAUAAUUGUGUACUUACAGAUUGAUAUUUAUUUUACUUUCAAUGAUUACAUUUCAAGGAUGUUCCAAUAGUGCAAUUUCUGAUAUACUUAUUAUUUAGAUUAUUAUUUCGUAUUAUCUUCCUUUAACAAUGUACACAAUUAGACCGCAUAUUAACUUUAACUAAAUCGGCCUUUACAUAUACUGGAACGGACUAAAUUAAUAAACGAAAUGUGAUCAAAUGAAAGAAAUA